AUGCGCGCCGCGUUGGGUAUACUCGUGUGCGCCGGCUGUUGUCUGUGGCGAGCCACAUGCCUGUCAUCCGAGUCCACACCGUUGUACUUGAGAAGUGCUUAUCCCCUUUGGGACCCAAAGCCCAGCGAAUCUCAUGCCGGCGAACCGCUUUUACUCACUCAGUAUCUGCGCAACGGACAGAUACUCAAAGCCAAACAGUUGGCCCGUGUGGUGGACGUAUUCCAACCACAAACAGUCAUCAGCUAUUCAGGGUACUUUACCAUCAGCAAAGAAUACAAUUCCAACCUGUUCUUUUGGUUUUUUCCGGCACCGUGUCUCUAUCACGAUAAAGAAGCACCGUUGAUAUUAUGGUUACAAGGUGGACCUGGCGCCAGCUCUAUGUUUGGCGUGUUCAAAGAAAUUGGACCUUUUAUUUGUUCUUACAAAGAUGAAAACUUCACAAUUACCGAGAACCCAAUGUCCUGGCAUAGUAACAACUCAUUAUUAUUCAUAGAUAGUCCAGUGGGCACCGGUUUCAGUUUUACUGAUCACAAUGAUGGGUACGCGACAAACUUUUCAUCAGCUGGAGAACAACUUUUCGAAGCUCUUAUGCAAUUUUACAUUAUGUUCCCGGAGCAACGGCCCAGUCCAUUUUACAUAAUGGCCGAGUCGUAUGGAGGAAAAUUUGCUCUGUCUCUGGCGUCGCUGAUGCACAACAAUAAGCGUUCGGCCGAUGUCAAAAUAAGUGGGAUCGUUAUUGGCAACGGAUUUUUGGAUCCUGAGACAAUGCUUUGCUACGGCGACUUCUUUUACCAAGUAGGCUUGGUAGAUAACAUCACACGGCAUGACAUAAUGAAAUUGGAAUCACAAGGAAAAAAAGCAAUUCACGAAAAACAUUAUGUCGAUGCGUUUUAUGCUUGGAGUGGAAUAAUGAGCACGUUUAUCGAACAAGCUCAAUUCGCCAGUCUAUAUAAUAUUAUCAACGGUGACACUUUUCCCUGGAAUUCGACAAACACUGCGGACGACGUCAGCUACAUUGACAUGUUACAAACAGCAGAAAGCCGUCGAGCACUGCACAUUGGAGACGUUGAGUACACCAGUUUGGGUGUUGUUUACUACAAAAUGAUACCGGACUUUAUGAGUUCGGUCAAAACCCUACUGGAACAAAUGGUAACGCGGUAUCCGAUUCUGGUUUAUAACGGCCAGAUGGACCUAGUCGUGGCGUAUCCGAUGUCCGUAAGCCUGUACUCGAGCAUGAAAAGUUCUUACGACGCCGACUACAAAAAAGCAAUAAGGAAACCAUAUUACAUCAACAAUAAGCUAGCUGGUUACAUUAAAUCAGUAGGAAAUCUCACCGAAGUGUUGGUCAGGAACGCUGGGCAUUUGGUAGCUUGUGACCAACCGAAAAUCUUGUACGAUCUCAUUCAUAAGUUCAUAAAUAAACAACUUAACUAAUAAUGACACUUUUUAUUAGUUCCUUGUUUCAUCUUAAAAUCCGUUGAAAAUUAUUUAUCCCCGAUGGGCUUUGUUGUGAAAUUUUGGAAUUUAAUAUUAGUUAUUUUGGGGCAAGUAAUCAAAAUAGGAUUUUACUUUUAUGGCAGUACACGUUUUUAAUUAUGACAGUCCAAUAAAAAACCACUACAAAUAUUUGUAAG